UUUGAUUUUUUCUUUUAUCGCUUAUUUCCGCUUUCAUUCUUUAUUCUUAUUGGCGCUUUAUUCGGCAAUUCUGUUCCAAAUUCUACGUGUCCAAGAAGACGAAGACGGUAGUUUUCUGAUCGAAUAUUAUUUUAACGAUGCCUCCAGCAAAAGCCAAGAAACCUCAGUCAAAUAACGCUACAAAUGCCAUUCAAAAAUUCAACGAAGUCCAUGCCCGGAACAUCGAUGUUGCUAAGAAAAUGGUGGAAAACUAUGAAUCCUCUGAUUCCGACGAGGAUGAGCUGGAUGAAAAGACUAUUUUAAAUUCUUUAUAUAAGCAUUAUGCCAAAGAUGCGGUAGACGAACAUAUGCUGGCUAAAACCAGCAGUUUUCUAGAAAAUAUCUUGCAGUCCGGUGCGGCUACGUGCCUAAUUUGCAUUGGUAGUAUAAAACGGGCAGAUUCAGUUUGGUCAUGCCGACAUUGCUAUUGCCUUUUUCAUUUGAACUGUAUAAAACGAUGGGCCAAUGAUAGUAUGGCCCAGAUCAAAGCGAAGACCCAGAAUGAUCAGCAGGGAUAUUAUAAUAAUAUGGGGGAAUAUGUUCCCCCAAAGAAGCAAAAGGCACUUCACUGGUGCUGUCCUCAGUGCCGAAAAGAAUUUGCGCCCGAGGAAAAACCAUCGACAUACGAGUGCUUUUGUGGCAAAGAAAUAAAUCCACCUUCUCAACCCUGGCUAGUGCCUCAUUCGUGCGGAGAAAUAUGUGGGAAAGCACUCCAACCAAAUUGUGGUCACAAAUGUACGCUCCUGUGUCAUCCUGGUCCCUGUCCACCAUGUGCUCAAUAUGCAAACACAACAUGCAAAUGCGGCAAAUCUCCUCCAAAAUCUGUUCGCUGCAUUGAUAAAGAAUGGGAAUGCCAAAUAAAAUGUGAUCGCCGUCUAAAGUGUGGAGAACAUACUUGUGGUAGAAUAUGUCAUAAGGCAGGGCAAUGUCCACCCUGCAAUAAGACUAGUGAACAACGUUGCAAAUGUGGCAGAGAAUCCGCCAAGAGACUGUGUUCUGACUUGGAGUGGCAAUGUAAGAAUGUCUGUAACCGUAAAUACUCAUGUGGACUACAUGUCUGCAAAAAGAUAUGCCAUACUGGCGAUUGUGGUGAAUGUCCGUUGAGUUUACCACGCUCUUGUCCUUGUGGGAAAACUAAAAAAGUUGGACCCUGUACGGAGACAAUAGAGCCCUGUGGUGAUACCUGUCAAAAGUUAUUGCCUUGUCAGCUGCAUAGUUGCACACAGCGGUGCCACAAAGGCAACUGCAAUUUGUGUCUAGUAAUUAUUAAAAAGAAAUGCCGUUGUGGUAUGCAUGAAAAAGAACUGCCCUGUUCCAAGGAAUUUACAUGCGAAACGAAGUGUAAGCAAAUUAAGGAUUGUGAGAAGCAUCCAUGCAACCGCAAGUGUUGCGAUAAAAAUUGUCCCCCAUGUGAUAAAGUUUGCGGGAAACCUCUAUCCUGCGGUAAACACAAAUGUCAAUCUAUCUGCCACAAAGGCCCAUGUUAUCCGUGCCAACAACAGUCGCAAAUUCACUGCAGAUGUGGCAAAACAAAGAAAGUGGUUCCGUGUGGUCGAGAACGUACAGCCCGUGUGGUCUGCAUGGAACCUUGCAGAAUUCCCUCAAAAUGUCACCAUUAUAAUAAACAUCGUUGUCACAAAAAUGAGUGUCCACCAUGUUCACAACCUUGCGGAUUACUGAAUGACGUCUCAAAAUGUGGUCACAUAUGUAAUGCCAAAUGCCAUGCUGCUGUAAGGACAAUUAAGAAAACGAAUAAUUCUAGCAUUUGGGAACCAACGAAACAGGUGGAAUUUAAACCUAUGCCACAUCCUAGAUGUGAGCACAAAGUCUCGGUAACUUGUAUAGGAGGACACGAAGUCUCCGAUUGGCCCUGUUGGAAUUCUAAACCAAGUUCAUGUCAACGCUUAUGUAACCGUCUGUUGAAAUGUGGAAACCACAAAUGUCCUCUCGUUUGCCAUAGCGUUCCCGAUAUAAAAGAUAUGAACCAACAAGUCGGCUGUGCUCCUUGUGAAAAAGGCUGCAACAUUCCACGCCCAGAAGGUUGUACUCACCGAUGUCCCAGACCAUGUCAUUUGCCACCAUGCCAGCAAUGCAGUGCAGCAAUUAAAACCAAAUGUCAUUGCGGCCUUAUGUCUAUAGUCUAUAAAUGUAGUGAUUACUAUAGCGCGGAAGGCACAGAUAACGAUGUAGCUGAAAGACAGGAAAUUUUAAAAAGUUGCGGCAAUCGUUGCCUAAAAAAUUAUCCCUGUGGCCAUCGUUGUGUUGCUAAAUGCCAUUCUGGCCCUUGUCCUUAUCCAGAGGCUUGUCGGAAAAAAAUCCGCAUAUUUUGUACAUGUAAACGUCUUAAAAUGGAAGUUCCAUGCGACAAAUAUCGUUCCGGCUUUAACAUUCUAGAUUGUGAUGAAAAUUGUGUGGAAACACAGAGAAACAUUGAAAUGGCUCGUCAGCGGGAGCAAGAACUGUUACGAAAGCAAGAAGAGGAGCGCAAUCGCUUAGAAGUUGAACAAUUCGAAAAGAAAUUUAACAAACGCAAGCCUAAAGAACGUAAGCCAGUAGAGGUUAAGGCCAAAGCACCAACUAACUGGAAACUAAUUGGGUUGUACAUUGGUAUUCUAGCAGCCAUAGCAUUAGCUGUAGCCUUGGCUUUGUAUGAGGAGCAUUAAAGUGAAAGCAUAAGAGUAACUUUUCCAGUCAUAUUUUAUAUGUUUAUUAUUAGGUAUAUAGCAUGUCUUAAAUAAUUUGUAUAUAUUCCAAUUAAAUUAUAUACGAUUUGAGAAUAAAAUAUUGGUUGAAUAUCAUA